AUGUCUUUGUCUACAUCUUAUGCCAAUGCAAGAUCACUUUUGGUUUAUUUCAUCCUGUUUAUUAUUGCACAACUUUUUACAGUGAUACUUGUGGUGGAUGCUAUCUAUCAACGUAAUACAAUUCAACUCAUUGCGCUGGUCGCUUUCGAAAUAGGCAUGAGUGCUUAUUCUAUCAUUCAAUUUCAUCAAUCAUCCACACUUGUUGAUGAAAAUUCGAGUACAUCUUCAUCUGGUAUUAAACUUGCCCUCAGUUAUCUUGGCAAUGCUUACCAUUUGUCAAUGUGGGCCGAAAUCACACAAAUGUGUGUGAUGGUGAUCAGCACAGUUGUAUUUGUAUUUUUAGCAUACAAGCUCUACUUGGAAUUUGGUUGGCACAUUUAUAAAAAGAUCGGUGCUGAUUUAGCUAUGCGAGAUCGUUAUAAAAUGUAUCAAAUCUUUAUGAUGUUGCUCAAGUUUGAUUUUUUCUUUUUUCUUGGCUUCUCAAUACAAUAUCUUGCUUUGUUGAUUGUUGCUUGGUGGCCAGAUGCUUCUUCUAAUGGAACAGAGUCUUCUAUUGUGAAAGAACUGAUUGAACAUAUCAUCCUUAGUUGUGUCAUUUCAAUCACUAUGCUUUUCUCAGCCUAUUGGGGUUUGAGUCGAGAAAAGAAGGUUCACAUGUACAUUUUUCUAGUCUUGUGUGGUGCAAGUAUGGGCUACUAUAUUUACAUGCUUGUCCAAAUCGCUCAAGACCCUGCUAGGUUUUUAGGCUCAAGGGCCUUCUUGAGUUUUUUCUUAUGCGUAGACAUGGUCUUAAUUUUGGCUUCUGUACCUAUUGGUAUUAUUUGUCUAAGGAACUUUAAUCUUGGCCUUAUGAAUCACAUAUCACAUGCCACAGCUUCUGCUUCUUCAGCUCAUUCAAUGGCACCCUUAGGCAUAGAGAAAGCAAGUUCAAAUAGAAGAUGGUCCAUUGAAUAA